AGGCGGAACGGAUAUACAUUACCUGCGAUGACGUGGACUCAGCCAUCAGUAUGUAUAAGAGUGCCAAACAAUACGAACCGAUGAUCAGACUCGUCAAACAAUAUCACACCGACCUCUUGACCGACACUCACUUGCAUUUAGCAAAAGAGUUGGAAACGGAGGGAUCACUACAUCAGGCAGAAAGUCAUUACGUGUCGGGCGGAGAGUGGAAGUCAGCCGUUCAGAUGUACAAGAAUACCAACCACUGGGAAGAGGGGUAUCGCGUGGCGCGCGCUAACGGCGGCGUUCAGGCGGCCAAACAAGUGGCCUAUCAUUGGGCGCAGUCGUUGCAGAGCGCGGACGCGGCCGUCAAACUUCUGUCACGGUUUGGUCUUCUGAAUCAAGUGGUGGACUACGCGGUCGACGCCAAUGAG